UUCUUACACUCUUCCCAUUUGUCUGUAAGUCUGAAAGUGCGUAAAGAUCCAGAAGAUUACAACCGGGUUUCGUUUGUGUCAACAUGAUGAUAGAUUCAGAGAAACAAGCACGCACACUUUUUCCCCUUUGCUGAUAAUCAUUUGGAGAGGAAGAAGACGAAACAUCAAUCAAAACAGAGAGAUGAUGAUGAUGAUAAAGAGAAUAGAGCUGUGCAUCGAGAUUCUGAAGAUAGCGAUGGAGUUCGUGGUGGUUGUGGCGGGAGGCAUCGGGACUGUCCUUCAUCAGCAUCUCCCCCCCCCCCCUCCUCCCCCG